AUGGGAAAACGAGAGAAAAAACCCAAUCGACGUCGCCAUAAAGGGGAAUUCUCGAACAGUGGCGGAGAAGAUUUCUUCGAUCAACAUCCUCCGGCUGCUGCCUCCGUCGAAGAAGAAGAUGAAGAAAACUCCGAGGAGGAAGAAGAAGCAAAUGAGGGAAACGACGAGCUUCAAUCAUCGGAUUUGCCGUCUAAAUUCCUCUUAUACCAGCAAUCGGUGCAGUCACCGAAAGGAGACAUAAGCUAUUUGCAGAAGUUCUUUUUGAUGUACGUUGGUGGAAGACAGCCUCUCCAUUUCCAAGAAGAUUUCUGUGGCACUGCUCUUUUAAGUGCGGAGUGGCUGAAGAAUGACACGAGGAGGACUGCAAUAGGGCUAGAUUUCGACCUUGAGGCACUAGAAUGGUGCAUGGAGAACAACAUAAGCAAACUUGGCUCUGACGUGUAUUCAAGAGUGUCGCUUUUACAUGGGAAUGUUUUGAGCCCUCUUGAGGCUAAGCAAGUGAAGUCCAAAUCCCACGAGCUGAUACAGAAUAUCAGCUUGGAUGAUGGUGGUGAUGAUAAUGAAGAUUCGGUUGAUCCUGGAGUUGAGUCUGUGGAGAAAGAUGAGCCUGUUUCGUUACCAAAGAGGGAUAUCGUGUGUGCUUUCAAUUUUAGCUGCUGCUGUCUCCACAAGCGAUCAGAGUUGGUUUCUUACUUCAAGAACGCGCGUGAGGCUUUGUCUAAGAAAGGUGGUAUCUUUGUGAUGGAUUUGUAUGGAGGUGCUUCUGCUGAGGGACAGUUGAAGCUUCAACGGAAGUUCCCAACUUUCACGUAUACAUGGGAGCAAGCUGAGUUUGACAUUGUAAGUCGCAAGACGAGGAUAAGUCUGCAUUAUCACCUUCAGAAGCAGAACAGAAAGAUCCGCAAUGCUUUCUCUUAUAGCUGGAGACUGUGGUCGUUGCCGGAGAUAAAAGACUGUAUGGAAGAGGCCGGGUUUAAAGCAGUCCAUAUUUGGCUGAGAGAAAUGCCUGACGCUUCGGAAAUGCGUAGAACGGAUGGGUUUGGUGCGGGACGUGAUAUCAAGUACGAGCAAGUCAAGAGCUUUCAACAGUGUGAUUCUUGGAAUGCUUACAUUGUUGCCGUCAGCGUCUAG